GUAGAUAAAUCCACUCAAUCUGAAGCCAUUAGAAACGUACAUUUUCAUAAUGCUAAUAAUUAUGAAGAUGUAGCUCAAAUUCCUAUUUCAAAGAGUCUAUUAGAACAUUUCACUUCAAUAAGAAUUUCAUUUGGUUGUAUGAUGUAUAACGUGUUAGGAGUUAUCAAAGAGCUAAAACGACCUCUUGAUAAGCUAAAGGAGUUCCUGCUCUGUACCUAUGAAGGCUAUGAUUCUAAACUAAAAUCAAAGCUAGAUAGUUGUUCUGAUAUAUCCAGUUUAUUUCAUGUGAUUAGAGGAGAGUGUUCAUUGACUAAUAUUAGUCUGUUAGAAGCUGUAGCUAAAAAAUUUGACUUCAUCGAAGAAGUUUGGGAAUACAUUAUGGAAUACAAGGAAACACUGCAAAAGUUUUGUUGGCUACUUUUAGAUAUAUGUAAGGUUGAUGAUCUGAGGUCCAUUGUAGUCCCUUCCAAGCCUCAGCCACAUCUUCAGUGUAUAACGUUCAUCCUUAACUGGGAACCUGAGGAGCAUGUGCUAAAAGACAUUAAAGAAAUUCUUGCCAAGAUAACUGAGCCUUAUGGUAGACUUAUCAUUAUUAAGAUAGUGUGUAUUGAGUCUAUACCCCAUGAUUAGUUAAUUUUGGUUUUAAUUAUUGUUAUUGAGUUUGAACUUUGAACUUUGAAUAUACCCUA